AUCUACGGGCCUACAGCUCAGCAACUUGAAGCGACCUGAAGCAUACCCACCCUACUGGCGGAAUUUGUAGUGGACGUGACUGGAUGCUUGCGAACCGAUUCCACUACCGAGACAUCAACUGCCCACAUCUAGUUACUCAAUUGCGCCAAUAGACAUACUCUAUAUUUACGGAUCGUACUUCGGCAAUGUUUGCUUGACCAUGUGAGAUAUACGGUCUGUCUAGUGGCCAAUACCUAGGAUGGGUCUAGAGCUUCUUUCGUCUUUUAUAGAAUCACGGCAGCAUUGUUCGGUAACGCCGAAAGGGACACAUUGACGAUACCUUUGAAAAGCGGAUCGAUUGUCUGGGUAUAAAAGAAGGCUCUACCCCCAAUAAGAUAGAAAGUAUGCAUCCAACAUUCACUUCCAAGAAGAAAGAUAGUUCGUUUCAUUCAAAGAGAAUCUACGAUCAUUAUUAUGGCCGGACACAUGUUAACUCGUGGUCCUAAAGCCUUCGAGGAAGUCCCUCAGCUUUCUGGUUUCAUGAAGCCAUGUCGCUACGAAGGAGAGGUCCGAAACUUGGAAGUUAUCGGUCAGAUCCCGAAGGAAAUCAAUGGGACGUUCUACAGAGUUAUGCCAGAUCCCCAGUUUCCAUCGCGCUUUUCCAACGAUCCAUGGUUCAAUGGAGAUGGAAACGUCAGUGCAUUUCGUUUUGAAGAUGGCUCCAUCCAUUUCAAACAACGAUAUGUCCGUACCGAGAAGUUCCUACGGGAAAGGGAGGCUGGAAAGGCCUUAGGAGGAAAAUACCGCAACAAGUACACUGAUGCCGUAGCGUUCACUGUGCGUACAACUGCCAACACCAAUAUCUUUUAUUUCAACGGUAAACUCCUCGCGAUCAAGGAAGAUGCUCCACCAUAUUCUAUGGACCCAAAAACGUUGGAGACAGAGGGAUUGUACGAUUUCAAUGGGCAACUACCGUGCACGACGUUCACUGCUCACCCAAAGAUCGAUCCAACUACAAAUGAACUCGUUUGCUUCGGUUACGAAGCAAAAGGUGACGGAACCCCGGACGUAUGCUAUAUGUCUGUGAGUCCGGAUGGUCAAUUUAAUGAGACUGUCUGGAUGGUGGCUCCGGUAGUUGCCAUGAUCCAUGACUUCGCCGUGACAGAGAAUUGGGUCUUGUUCCCUCUUAUUCCUCAUACCUGUGACGUUGAACGGAUGAAGAACGGAGGAGAUCACUGGCAGUGGGACCCGACCAUCCCUUUUUACAUUGGUGUCCUUCCGCGUCGGGGAGCAAAAGGGACAGACGUGAAGUGGUUUCGCGCUCCCAAUUCAUUCCCAGGACAUACAGCCAAUGCAUACGAGGAUGAGUCUGGAAAUUUGAUUUUUGAUCUGCCAUGUUCCAGACAAAAUGUGUUCUGGUGGUGGCCUGACGCUGAAGGUAAUGCGCCGAAUCCUAUGGACAUUCGUGAUCCCAUGGUCCGCUUCACGAUCGACCCUAGGUCCGACAACCUCGAUAUCACAUCCGAAGUAAUUGCGAAUGUCGAUUGUGAAUUUCCUCGCAUUGAUGAUCGCUGGGCGACUAAGGAUUACACAUAUUGUUUCGUUCUAACCAUGGACGCUAAAUUGACCGACUUCGCGGCCAUUAGUCCACAAAUGGGUGGCGGCUUCCCUCCUUACAAUGGAAUCGCGAAACUCAAUGUGAAGAGUGGUCAGAUGGUGUCCUACUUCGCAGGGUCUAAAAGGCUUUUCCAAGAGCCCAUUUUCAUUCCAAGAUCCGAUAGUGCCCCUGAGGGAGACGGCUAUGUGGUGAUGCUAGUCAAUAACUACGAAACUAUGGCGUCCGAACUUCAUAUACUCGACACGAACAAUUUUGAGAAGGCUGUUGCUAUCGUGAACCUUCCGCUUAGGCUCAGGCACGGUUUACAUGGAAACUGGGUCGCCAAACAGGAGCUUGAUCUGGUGGUCUAGGCAAUAUAUAUAGGUUUGACGUCAAAUUCGUUAGAGGGCGCUGUCAUUGCAGCAGUUUCCUUUGGACUUAUGGCGGCACUUUUCCCUACUGCUUACUUAGUUGAUACUGUUGGACGGCGGUGGUCUAUUAUUGUGUCCAGUCUCGUCUUCAUCGCUGGGGCUAUAGGCCAAACAUUUGUCAAUACAGCAGCGACAGCUUCACCGAGUUUACUUGCAGAACUAGCACAUACAAGGCAACGAGCGCAGA